AUGACAGAGGCGGACUUUGUGCUGGCGAAGCAGGCAGAGGAGGCUGAACAGGCAACAAAGAAGUCGAAGGAAGAGGCGAGGGCGAGGAACAAGGGGAAGGCAGCGGCGUACAAGGCUACUGCUCCUGCUAAGAAGGCUGCUGCUCCUGCUAAGAAGGCUGCUGCUCCUGCUAAGAAGACUCCUCGGUUCAUCCCAUCGCAGGAAGCUCUAGAUAGAGCUAGGGCGACUGCUGGGAAGACUCCGAAAAAGAUGAGGGGAGCUGUGGAGAAGGCUCCGAAGAAGACUACUAAAGCCGCUAUCAAGGCUGAUCAGGCGAUUGCUAAGGGCGGGAAUGCUGGAUAA